AUGCACCUGGGCAGCACCAGUAUGUGGCCCAAAUCCAACAACGCCACGUGGGCGCAGGGUCAAUUCAUGGGCAUCUUAAGCAGCAGCGAGGCGCUGAACCCGUUCUUCGCGGGGUGGCAUCUGGCCAUGGCUGUGUACUGCGAUGGGGGCGGCUAUGCGGGAGCAGCCGGGCGCGUGGCCGUGGGGGAGGGGCACUACGUGCACAUGGAUGGGAGCAGGAUCGUCAGCGCUAUCAUGGAUGACCUGCUGGAAAACCGAGCAAUUGUAAGGGCUGGCAGUGAUGCGCCUCUGUGA